AGCUUUGGAGGCCCAGAAAGAGAGAGGGGGGGAUUUCGCGCAAUCUAAGUUAGAGACGGACACAGAUUCUCUCGUCGGAGUUCCAGGGUCCGGAAAAGCGUUGGAUUGGAUCGAAUCGAGGGAGCAAUUCUUUCCGUUCACGGUCGGAUUGGGGAGUUUCUGAGGGCUAGGGCAUGAGAGGAUGGGCUUCGGAGAAGUGGACAAAGGGGACGGUGGCAAGGAAGGGGCGACGACGGUCGCCUGCUCGAUCUGCCUCGAGACCGUGACGAGUGACGGAGAUCGGUCCACGGCCAAGCUUCAAUGCGGACACCAAUUCCACCUAGAUUGUAUUGGCUCUGCAUUUAAUGCCAAAGGGAUUAUGCAAUGCCCAAAUUGUCGAAAAGUCGAGAAUGGCAAUUGGCUCUAUGUAAGCAGUUCACGCCCAUUGCCAGAGCUGAGCAUGGAUGACUGGGCACAUGAUGAAGACCUCUAUGAACUUAGUUAUUCAGAAAUGCCAUUUGGAGUUCAUUGGUGCCCAUUUAGUAGAUUAGCACAGGCUUCGUCAUCAUUUGAGGAAGGGGAAUCUUCUCCGCCUAUUUCUUUCCAGGAUCUUUUGGGACAUCAUGCCAUCUUUACGGAGCAUCUGGCUACCUCAUCAGCGGCUCAUCCAUGCCCAUAUGUGGCUUACUUCCAGCCACUCCAACCUUCAUCUUCCUCAAGUUCCCAUGUUUCCUCUGAAAGUCCUAUUGAUGGUCCUGGAUAUCACCAUCACUGGAGUCACAUUGCUAGGCCGACGGACGUCCAGACUGUUCACACACUACCUCCCCUGGAUCUCCAGUAUCAUAGUUGGCAACAGCAUUCUCUAUCAUAUUCCCCACCUAACAGCCAUUUCAGUGGUGCUGAUCAGGCUUCAGCUUCUUCUGCAACAAUGAGAGCUGCAAGGCUUGAUUCUGAUGGUCUACUGAGGGCAGGGCCUCUUGUUCAUCCCUAUAUUCUUGGCCACACAUCUGGUUCUAGGGGCAGAACCACCAGCUCUUUUGUUCCCUCGCUGGUUCCACCAUAUCUCAGAGCUCAUGGCACCGUUCAUGAUCAUCAAAAUUCCCAAAGCAUACAUGGAACCAUCUUUGCAGGCAUACAGCGAUCAGGAGGUUCGAGGGGUUUGACUUCCUUAGCGCCAACACAGCCCUCUCUGCCAGAUCACGGUGGCUUUUACCUGCUCCCUUCUGCAGGUCGAUCAGGUCGCAAUCUAAUGGAUGCCGAGAACACUGCAGGGAACCACUUCUAUUCUUCAUGGGAAAGGGACCGGUUUGUUCCAUAUCAAUUAUUUCCUGUGGACAGGGAGCCGGGUUGGUGGGGACCUUAUACCCAAUCUACUGGUGCAUCAGAUUCCAGUCACAGGUUAGGUCUGUGGCCUUGGCCAGGCUCUGAGAGGUCAUCAUCCCGAGGCUGGUCAUAGAGCUCGUCUUAUCAGCCUACGCAUCACUCUAAUGCAGUCCAUGUGAGGGCCAAGUUCAUGACAUGCUGCAGAAGCAGUGCUUUGAACUGAAAUGACUUUUAUAUAAGGCUGGGUUGCCUGUUAGAACUGAGACUCAAAACGAUCUUUUUGAAGUAAUUCAGCUGAAAACUUGUUUAUAACUCUUCGGGACUAUGAUAUAGUUUAUGCUUGGAGAUUGCUGGGAUGAUUUUGGGAGAGGUAGGCAAGUUUUAGUUACUUUUAUUGAAUGUCCCAGUGACAAAAAUCAGGAAUGUCAUCCUAAAAUCCAUUGUCUAAACAAAGAAGGGAAUCAUGGUGCUCUUUGAAAUCUGUUUUAAUGCUGAGCUCCUGACAGUUCAUAUUUGGUGAGUACUUUUGCCUUAUUCAAUGCAUGGGCUGAUUGAUUGUUUUA